AUGCAUGUGUGUCACGGCGGUCGCCAGCGGGGAGUGGAGGGACCCGAUGCAGCGCGCGGACGCCAGAGGCGGUUUCUUGUCUUGUCCGAGAGGAAAGAAAAAGCGCAUCUUUCUGUAAUACACGUUUUGCCAGCUCCGGCGGCUCAUGAAGGGGGACUUGCUUCUGCGUUUCAGCGUUCUUUCAGGGCGCAAAGAAGCUCCGUUGUGUGCUACCGAGUCGCAUUCUCUUCAAGAGGAGUGAGCUCGAUGGACGGCACACAGUCUAGCCACCCUCGGAGCUCGAUCGACAGAGUCACGUCUUGCGCUGACUCAGUCGCAUCUUCCUCGCGACCCAUUUUGGCAAACAAGCUCCCUCGUCGCUCUUUCACGCCCUUUCCUUCUCUUCAGAGGAGACUUUUCAUGCUUCUCCCUCUCCUUUGUCCACCCUUCCGCUCUUCUUUCUGUCAAACUCCUCCCUCUUCAGCUUUUCUUCGGACCUCCUUUCUCUGACAGUCGGUCUGGCCUCAGCCCCCCUCUCGCUUUCGCCUUCAUCUCUCAGUCGACAUUCCCGAUUGGCGUUGCGCCGUUCUCUAAAAGAGUGAAGCGUCUCUUCUUCUUCUUUCUGUUUUCCACCUCUGUCGAACGCAGCUGCGUUCUCUGGUCCCUCUCUUCCUCUCUUCUCUCUUUCUCUCUUCUCUC